GAAGAAACCAAACAAGCCACAACAUGGCAGCCUCCGUGGAACACGCUGGAGCGCCUUCAACGUCACAAAUAGACGUAAAUGCAGACCCUGCGAGUUCCCGGAUCGAAGCGGGUGCUUUGACUUCGGAUGACGACGAAGACGAGUCGGCCGAGCCGAGGAUCCUGGACACCCCGCAGGACAUUCAGCUUGAGGCGGCCGCCAACACGGUGGCCGUCCACCCGAGCCGAGACCUGCUGGUGUGCGGGGACGUGGACGGGGACGUGUACGCCUUCUCCUACUCGUGCACGGAAGGUGAGAACCGCGAGCUGUGGUCCUCCGGGCACCACCUCAAGUCCUGCCGCCAGGUGCGCUUCUCCGAGGACGGCGAGAAGCUCUACAGCGUAUCCAGGGACAAGGCUGUCCACAUACUGGACGUGGAGCAAGGACGGCUGGUCACCAGGAUCCGCGGCGCGCACGGCGCUCCCAUCAAUAGUCUGCUGCUGGUAGACGCCAACAUCCUGGCGACUGGAGACGACGGAGGCACGCUCAAGGUGUGGGACAUGAGGAAAGGUUCGGCCAUCAUGGAUUUGAAGCACCAUGAGGACUACAUCAGUGACAUGGCUGUAGAUGAGGCUAAAAAGAUCCUGCUUACAACCAGUGGCGACGGCACCAUGGGCGUCUUCAACAUCAAGAGGCGGCGCUUUGACUUACUGUCCGAGUACCAGAGCGGCGAUCUGACCUCGGUGACGCUGAUGAAACGAGGCAAGAAAGUGGUCUGCGGCUCUAGCCAAGGCACCAUCUACAUCUUCAACUGGAACGGCUUCGGCGCCACCAGCGAUCGUUUCGCCCUACAGGCCGAGUCGGUGGACUGCAUCGCCCCGGUCAACGAUAACAUCCUAUGCGCUGCCUCCAUUGACGGCUAUAUCCGAGCCAUCAACAUCUUCCCGAACCGCGUCAUAGGCUGCAUCGGGCAGCACGUUGGCGAACCUAUCGAGGAGCUUGCUAAAAGCUGGGACUCUCGCUUCCUGCUCAGCUGUGCCCACGACCAGCUCAUCAAGUUUUGGGACAUCACCUCUUUAGCCACCGCCACCGUCAACGAGUACCGAAAGAGGAAGAAAAAGGACGGACGCCUGAAAUCGCUUUCCAAGAAAGCUAUGGGAGAAAGCGACUUUUUCUCGGGACUUGUCGAGGAGCCGCCGAAAAAGGAGGAGGAGGAAGAAGAAGAAGUAGAUGACAGCGACAGUGGCAGUGAUUAAAAGUCCAUUUUGUUUUGUGAUUCCUGGAAAGAGUGCUCUGUCAACUAGUGCUUAGCACACAAUGUUCUGUUACUCCCAACAUUUAAAAACAUGCAGCUGUGCUUUCUACCGCUUAUUUUUGUCCGAGUGGUUGACGAGAGCUGUGCAGAUCGAUCCGUGUAUCGAUAUAAUCAAUACGAAUGUGAGGAUCGGUAUCGCGUCAAUACCAAACGGCUAGUAUCGAUUUUAUACAUGUAUUUCUAUGUUGUCAGAUAUUUUCAAAUAAUUAUUGUGUAGAAUGACGGGAUCAUACUUUAAGAGUUGUUUGAGGUUUUCUAUCUCCCACCUCGUUGUUUAUUAUUGUAUCUACUGUCUGAGUGAGAAUCAAGUCAUAACAAGGACUCAAGGAAUUUAAGAGAGGCAGAAACUCUGAAACGGAAGACCAGCUUGAGUUCAAUGAAACAUUUGUUAUGAACACGAAUUUCAUAUGAAAUGAAACAUUUUGAAAUUA